CAUAUGGCCUUCUCUGCACACCAUAAAAUCGCAACUCCACCACCUCACCCGACCCGACUCUCUCUCUUCCUCUCUUUCUCUCUCUCUCUCUCUCUCUCUCUCUCUACCUCUGCAAUCUGCAUCUUGAGCUUCAAAAACCUAACAUCUUCUUCUUCCUCUCUCUGAAAUUGCCAUGUCGUUGGGUUAUCUGUGUGAGAUCAAGAAAGACUGGAUCUUUGCUUCCUUAGUCAUGUUUCGGGAAAUGGCUGUCAUUCUCUGAUUUCCAUUGUUUUUUAUUUUAUGUGUUCUUGAUAGUUACGUCCGAUACCUGAGUGGGGCGGCGAAGGGAGAAAAACAGAUCACGUUUUUUUGUUGUGAAAAAGUAACGUGACCCUUUUCUUGAAACUGGAGUUCCGUGGUGGUUUCUGAUCCCAAGGCCGGGCCUUUUUCCUAUGAUUUAGCGCCUGCGGGCUAUAUUAAUUCCAGAUAAUUGAGGUUAGCGUUAAUGGGUGUUCGACUGUAGUGAAGAAUGUAGGUGGGUACGACGAGGUUUGAAGCUUUGAUGAAGCAGCUUUCUUGAUCGUGUAAGCGUUCGUUGGGUUCCGAAGUGGAGGUGGGCCAAAAAAGGAGGGAUCUUUACCUUUCCUUUUCUUCUUUCUGCGUUUGACGAUUUUGCAAGAUUUGGCAAUUACCCAUGAAUUUCCAGUGGCUGAAGCAAAUACCGCGCAAUGGGAAGUCGGAGAGGAGGCUUUCGCUUGGGGAAUACAAAAGGGCAGUGUCUUGGUCCAAGUACUUGGUCUCUUCUGGUGCAGAGAUAAAAGGGGAGGGAGAAGAAGAGUGGAGUGCCGACAUGUCUCAGCUCUUGAUUGGGGGCAAGUUUGCUUCAGGGAGGCAUAGCAGGAUUUACAGAGGGAUUUACAAGCAGAGGGAUGUCGCGAUCAAGAUGAUCAGUCAGCCGGAGGAGGAUGCGAACUUGGCCUCUUUGCUCGACAAGCAGUUCACUUCCGAGGUUGCAUUGCUGCUCCGGCUAUGGCAUCCGAAUAUCAUAACAUUUGUUGCAGCUUGUAAAAAACCACCCGUGUUCUGCAUCAUCACUGAGUAUAUGGCUGGUGGAUCGUUGAGGAAAUACCUCCAACACCAGGAGCCACAUUCCGUCCCUCUUAAUAUAGUUCUGAAGUUAGCCCUCGAGAUUGCACGGGGAAUGAAAUACCUUCAUUCUCAACGGAUUCUCCAUAGAGAUCUCAAAUCUGAGAAUGUGCUUCUCGGAGACGACAUGUCUGUGAAGGUAGCCGAUUUCGGUAUCUCAUGCUCAGAAUCUCAGUGUGGAAACACUAAAGGGUUUACGGGAACUUACCGUUGGAUGGCACCUGAAAUGAUCUUAGAGAAGCACCAUACCAAGAAAGUUGAUGUUUACAGUUUUGGCAUAGUCAUGUGGGAGCUCUUGACAACAUUGAUACCAUUUGAGGGUAUGACUCCAGAGCAGGCCGCGUUUGCAGUUUCCCAGAAGAACGCUAGACCACCACUGCCUCCAGAGUGUCCUCCGGCAAUUAGACGCCUCAUCAGCCGAUGCUGGUCAAGCAAUCCAAACAAACGUCCCCAUUUCGAUGAGAUUGUCCAGAUACUAGAGAGAUAUUCAGAAUCUCUUGAGCAGGAUCCGGAAUUUUUCUCGUCGUUUGUACCAUCACCCAGUCACACUAUUUUUGGAUGCCUACCAAAAUGUAUUGGCGGUCGGAGGUCUGCUUCCAUAAGGGCUUAGCAACCUUCCGCAAAUAAUUUAUGAUGCUAAUCGUGGUUUUAUAGACCAGAUCUACAUGUCUGAUUAUGAUCAAGAGCCUUAUGGUAGCAAGUCGCUGUCCUCAUCCCUAUUCCCAAACCAAAACAUGUGGGAGUGACAGAAAGUAUGUUGUCUCCCUUUCUUUGAUGUACUGGGUUGUUGUACUGCCUAAUCUAGAUUAUGACUCGAAGAAUACUCAUCUCUCUUGUUCUGGCAAAUGGUGGACAAGUCCAGCCAAGCUUUCUGAGGUCAAGUUCAAAUCUUGCUUUGAUGUAUUCCCUUAAAAGAACCGUGAGAUUCGACUUUUGACUAGGGAAAUAAAGAUGGGCAUGUAAUCAUGAUAGCUCA